AUGGAAGGAAGAUAUUCGAAUGCCGGUACGCAUGGGUUGCGACCCCAUGCAAUGCAUAGAUGGUUAUGUGGGACAUUCGGAAGACAUAUGUCGCCAAGGCUUGGGCGACAUGCAAGUAUGACAGCUUGCGUGUAUAACUUGAGGAUGUGGGCUAUCGUGGACGCUAAAGGAAUGACCGACAAAAGUGUGGGUAAACCGAUGGUGUGUGGAUCGUUAUGUCUUGACUUGGACAUGAGCGAGCCAGGAGUUAAGCAUGCGACGUGGUCGAUGCAGUUGACGUGUCUUAUGCAACGCUUAAUGUAUGGGCGUCGAGGGUUCGUUGCCGGAUGCGGAGUGAUUGUAUUGUCACAUGGUAGUGUGACUUGUUGUCUAGGGGAAGACGACACUUGA